AUGGUAUCAACAAACACCGCCGAUGGAUUCACGGUCCCUAGCCCUAGGAGAUCUGCGUGUUUGGCAACCGUGGAGCCUCUGAGCCCACAAAAGAAGAAACCGAUGAGUCCUACGGAGAAGAGGGCUCAUGACUUGAGGAACACACCUCGCGAGGACAUGGACUUGGACGUGGACGUUGCGGACAAGGACAAUACGGCUGCGGUUGGGACGAACGGGAGGGAAGCUCGUGAGAUGGACUUGGAUGGACCUACUCAAAAUUUAAUGGCUGCUCAUCAUCUUUCUCUCCAGCUGUCUGGGCAGGUUGGUCUCACCAACUUCCUGGGUGUAGGUACCCAGGAGGCCUGUGAAUUUGAGUUUGGGAAUAUCUCACCCUCAGACUUGAGUGCAGAGCACCUGGGGAUCCUAGCUCAGAUGGUCCAUGUGAACAACCAAAUUCAGAUCUCACUUUCCGUUGGUUCUUCUUUGCAGUCAUCUACCCCGCAGGAACCUGGCUCUCCUCCCAAGACUCCAACCUUGCCGAAACAACCUAAGAGUCCCAAGAAGAGCAAGGGGAAACAGAAGGAAACAUCACCAGUCCCUAGCGUAGAAAAUAGCAUUGGGUUCAGCCCUCUGUCUGAGUCUCACACUGACCAGCUGCCCAUGACGUCAACCCCGGCCGCUCACACUGGCGAGGUGAUAGGAUUCGACUUCAGCACCCUUGGCCAGUCAAAGAAGGCACUGCCCAGCGACUUGGAGGCUCUCGUUAACAAAAUGGUCCCAAUGGAAACGUCUACAAAGGUCACUGGCUCCGUCAACAAGGAGGCUGCUCCAGUUGAGUCAAACUCCGCUCGUCAUCCGCCAGACCCAGUAACUCGAAAAAAGCAAGUCAGCUUGUUUAUGCCCAAAUCCCUCUCAAAUCAGGUCCACCACAAUCUUCCGUCAAAAACUCGGACGUUGGCUCAAUUGGACCGUGAAAUGAAAACGAUGCAACUUCCAGACGCGGCAGCAAUGGCUUUGAUGAAUGUGAAGGAACUCCAAAGGAUGAAGGAAUCUUUAAAGAAGGUUGCCGACGCACAAGUACUUGCUUUCAAGGAAAUGAAGAGUGCUAGUGGAAUGGUAGCUUUCCCUGGGGUGCUAGACGGUUUGAUGAAGAACGCUCGGUACAUCACACGCUUCAUGAACCAUCUGGAGGAUAAGGUAUUAGAGGCAUCACGCGACAGAAGGCAGGAAAUUGAAGUCAUUGAAAUCUUGGACGGUGAGGAUGACGAAGUGAGCAUCAUGCCACGUAGAAGGUUGGCUGCAGAACUCAAGGACUUCAUGAGGCCGGGAUUGGUUCCAAUGCCAUCACAUCUCAAUCCUCCAACAAAAAGAUCCGCUGGUGCAUGUGACAAGAGUUGCACCAAAGAAUCCUUCAAGCAGUAA